CUCUCUCUCUCUCUCUCUCUCUCUGUCUCUCUUUCUCUCAUUAUAAGACUUGUAUUCUUUUGGUGCAUUUUUUGUUUGUUUCCUUCAUAAAGGUGUAAACUUUUAUGGUUGUUUUUGUAUAUCGUUUGAAGGGUUGGCAUUGAAUUUUGAUCUUUAGUCAAAGGAUUUAUGGUUUUUUCUUAUGGGUUUCUUUUCUAAUUCUCUGUUUGCUUUUCUUUCAAAUAUUUUGGUAGCUUUCUGGUGAUCAAGUUUUAAAGAGUUCAAAAAGUUUCAGUUUUGAUUCUUUUGUCGUGAGUUUGGAUUUUUCUUGAGGAAAUUUAAUUGCUUAGCUUGAGUUUGAGUUCACUUUGGGAUGUGCCAUGUGUGAUGCAAGUUUGAAAUAUGGAUUAUGCUUUUUCUGCCUUGUCAUACAGCUUACAAGUUGUGUGUACAUAAUUUGAGCAAGGUACUGAAAUUUAAAUUCUGUGUCAUGAACUAGGUGAUUGACGAGCACAUAGAUGCUUUCCAGAAAUUUCUAUUCGGGAAUUGUGGGUUUGCUUUAUUUAUACAGCAUUAGAUGGUCUUUUGCUGGAUUGAUCUCAUAUUUGGCCUCAUAAUUGUGCUAACCCAGAUGCUACAGUGGAAUCAAUAGCAGCUGAGUUAGUUGUGUGACAAAAGUUAGAAAUAGAGUGUGGUUUUGAUUAAUGUUUUCUCAUAAUUAGGAUUGUGCCUUGGUGGUAUGGAUAUUCCCAAUAUCAAUGGCAUCGACCAGCCUUCAUUACCAUCUUGCAAAUGUUACAAAGUAUCAAACUUGACUCAGACUAUUUUGGAUGCUACUGAAAUUUCAAAUUUUAAAGAUCGGUAUGUCCUUGGUGAGCAAUUGGGAUGGGGUCGAUUUGGUGUUAUAAGGGCAUGCUCAGAUAAGAUGACUGGUGAGCUUUUGGCUUGCAAAUCUAUUGCUAAAGAUAGAUUGGUCACACCUGAAGAUGUGCGGAGUGUGAAGCUUGAAAUUGAAAUAAUGACUAGGUUAUUUGGGCAUCCAAAUGUCGUAAAUCUUGAAGCAGUCUAUGAAGAGGAUAAAUAUGUGCAUCUGUUGAUGGAGUUAUGUGCAGGAGGAGAGCUUUUUCACCAGCUUGAGAAGUAUGGGAGGUUCUCAGAACAUGACGCUCAGGUUAUUUUUAGGCAUCUUAUGCAAGUGGUUCAAUACUGUCAUGAGAAUGGCAUUGUGCACAGAGAUUUGAAGCCAGAGAACGUUCUCUUAGCCACCAAGUCUUCAUCAUCACCAAUCAAAUUGGCAGACUUUGGUCUUGCAACUUACAUAAAACCAGGGUAUAAUUUGCAUGGAACGGUCGGAAGCCCAUUUUAUAUUGCCCCUGAGGUACUGGCUGGAGGAUAUAACCAGGCUGCUGAUGUGUGGAGUGCUGGUGUAAUUCUUUACAUUCUUCUUAGUGGGAUGCCUCCAUUCUGGGGAAAGACUAAAUCAAGGAUCUUUGAUGCAGUUAGGGCUGCUGAUCUUCGGUUCCCUCCUAAUCCAUGGGAUCAAAUAUCAGCAUCUGCAAAGGACUUGAUAACUGGAAUGCUUUGCGUGGAUCCUUCAAAGAGGCUCAGUACUGGUCAAGUUUUAGCUCACUCCUGGAUGCAGGAUUGUGCAGAGACAACUCAAUCUUACAAGCAGGACAACUUAGACUUUGAACAUCUAGAAAUGGGUGGUGAUUCUUUCUCUAUCCCGUUUAUUACAAGGGGUCAAGACUAUAGUUUCAGCUAUGGAUCACCUGUAACUGGUGAAGGUCAAGAGGAGCAAUCCCCUACAUUUACAUCAUUUUCUUCAUUGCUAGCCGACAACGAUACUCCAUGCUCUGCAUCAGGAGGUUUCUCUUUUAGCAACUGUGAUGAAUCCGGUGCAACAGAGUUCCCAACCACAAUCCCAUCAAUGUUAAGCUUUACCUUCUUCGGUCCAAAUUCUGCAGUUGAGAAAGGAGAGGUUGCCUUUGGAUUUAACCCCAUUGAGUCAAAUAUGGAUUCAAUUCAUGGAGAGUCCACCACAGAAAAGCCAUUUGUAUUGCCAGACACAUCUUCUGUGAAACGUGGAGUAGGAGAAAUAAUGCAAAGGUCGGAAUUUCGACGAGAAGGAAUCAAUGGGUCAAGGGUUUCCAGCAUCCACAGCAGAAGGAAUCACACCAUUGGACUUGGCGAGCUUGAUCAACUUAAUAUCAUAGUCACUGAGUCAAUCAUCCGCUGGGCAUCAUGUACACAAAUCCCAACUGCCCCAUCACUUAGAUUAUCACUUGUUUGCUAGAAUAUUUUAGCUAACACAGAUUAUUUGUACAACAUUAACAAGAAUCUAAGGAGCUGAACUCUUAUAACGGACCUGUUUUGGCCUUAUUUAUGUGGUGUCGUGGAAUAAGAGUUUUUUUUUUUUUUUUUUUUGGUUAUUAAAUGUAAAUAAAUAUUAAAUUUCUAACAUAUAGUUUAAGGGAUACGCAUUCUAGCCUA